GUCACGCGACCAACCGUUUAAAUGGCACCUCGUCUAUGUUAAUAUAAAUACUUAAAUACCAAGUGAUUUUCCCCAUUAAUCGGCACGAAUAUUGACCUAACAACACCAUAAGCAGUUGAUAAACCACGUAGUGAUUGACCUGAGAAUGGAGAAGUGUCAAGGAAAGUCGAGAAUAAGAAGAAAAUUGAAGUAAAGUGAAGGAGGUAGUCUGCGGUUCACCUGUGCGGACGUUGGGAGAAUUGUUUGGUAUUCUUAGACACUUUAACGAAAAUGGCUGAACUAACACAGCCGUCUAUGAUGCUUAAUGCAGAUGUGACGUCAGUGAGCCAGGCAGAUGGAGAGUCAGGUGCUGAUUCUCGAAUUUGUUUAGUUGGCAGCCUUGCACACGAUGUAGAAACUCUAGAUGCAGCGAAGAAAUUCAAUGUUCCUGUUGUUACUUCAGAAACUGGGCUAGAAUUUGUAUCAGAUCUCACUUAUUGUACAUAUUUUAUUUUGGCUGAUUUUGAGAAUGAAGAGUUUGAAGAGCUGAAUAAGGCUGGAGUCAGAUUACUUGGAAAACCGGCACUAAUAAAAUAUUCUGAAAGUGGAAUACCGGUGUUAACGUACACUCGACGUCCAGUCUUCUGUCAUGUCAUGAAAGAUCUUAAUUUAGUUUUCACUGGAUUCAGAAAAAAGACAGAAGUUUCCAGACUACUCAAGUUAGUCCACUACAUGGGAGGUAGUGUAAAGAAUGAAAUUAAAGAGAACGUGACACAUCUUCUAGCAUACUCCUCAAUGGGUGAAAAAUAUCAGUAUGCAGUUACCUUCAACAUUCCCGUAAUGGGGGAAGACUGGGUCCACGCUGCAUGGGCUCACCGUGAUGAAGCAGAAGCACGAGCAGAUACUGAAGCCAUGGCCAAGUACAAAUUAAAAGUGUUCCAAAACUUGCGUAUUGUGCUAGUAGGGUUCCCAGCUGAGGAGCAGGUGCAAAUGGAGGACCUAGUACAACAGAAUGGUGGAAUACUCACCACUCUUGAUGACCAGCUGGCAACGCAUGUGGUAUUAGAAGAUCAGACUAUUACUGAGAAGCCCCCCGAUUGUCCAUCUAGAGCGCAUGUUGUCAAGGCUGAAUGGUUUUGGGCCUCAAUUCAAAUGGAAGCCUGCCCUGAUGAGAAGCUUCACCUUUUUGAAGAAAUGAAUAUAAGCAAUAUCUUAAGUCCUCGUCAGAUGUUCUCAUCACCAAACACACCAGGUUCACGAAGUCGUCGACGUAAACGCCUAAGAGAGACAGUGCAGCACCUCGCUCAAGAUGAUUCCCCAUCUACCUUACCCUCUGCUCCUCCUGCAAGCAAACGAAGAUCGUCUGUGGGUGAUUUGGCUUUUCUAUCAGCCGAUGGGUCUCUCCUGGAUGACACAGUCUCAACACCUAACAGACUUGCUGGCAGGUGUUACAAUGAACUAGACGGUGGUGACCAAACUCCCCUUAGUCCCCCAAGUGUUGAUCUCCGGCAACUUUCUUCAAGACAGCGUGUAUUCCAUGAGUUAAUCAAGACCGAAUGCAAUUAUGUCAGCAUUCUAGAUGCAAUAGAAAAGGUUAUAAAGGUCCCACUUGAGAACACUGUGCCACCUGGGGGCCCCAUGUUAGAUUCCCAAGAACUAAGGUAUAUCUUCGGCAACUUACCCCCAAUUCAUGAAGUUCAUACAAGAAUGCGUAAUGAUCUUCUCCACUUAGCACACAAUUGGACUGAUGAUGCGAGCAUUGGAGAAAUUAUCCUUAGAUAUUCCUGUGACUUAGAGAAAGCUUACCCACCUUUCAUCAACUUUUUUGAAAACAUGAAAGAGAUGUUGCAUAAAAUUUCAUUGGAACGACCAAGGUUUCACGCAUUUCUGAAAAUUGCCCAAAACAAGCCUGAGUGUGGUCGACAGAGUUUACAAGAGCUUUUAAUUCGACCAGUACAAAGAUUACCUUCCAUGAGUCUCCUUAUAAAUGACAUAUUGAAGCACACUGAUAGAACCUCUCCAGACCAUACAGCAUUGGAGCAAGCCCUGGACAAGAUUAAAUCUGUGAUGACCUUCAUCAAUGAUGAUAAGAGGAAGACAGAAGCAAAAUUAAAAUUAUUUGAAAUACACAAUGACAUAGAAAUGUGUCCGCCAAACCUGGUAGCAUCUCAUCGCAUGUAUAUGAGCAAAGUGGAUGUGACCGAACUAAGUGACUGCUGUAGUGGGCGAGGGGACACGCUCACCCUUUUCCUGUUCAAUGAUGUCCUAGAGAUAUGUAAAAAGAAGAGUAAAUACAACAGUAUCAAGAGUCCCAGUAGAGCCAACCUGCACGCUCUUAAAACCAUCAAAACGUAUAAACAUCUUGAAAUGAUGAACUUAGCACACAUCAAGAGAAUUGUUGAUAUUCGGGAAACUGAAGAUUGUCAUAAUGUUUUUGCUCUGAUCGUCCGGAGUAACCAGGAGUUAAAGGAACGCCUCUUCACGUUUACCCUCUUACCAGAUGAUACUACCAAAUCAACUUUCCUCAAGACAUUAUGUCGAACUGUUGCAAAUAUUGCCUGUAGAAAUGAUGUGGAAAAUUUCCUCGUUUCUAUGGACCCACACCACCUAGACAUAGAGACUAGUGAUGUUAGCCUUACCACUGCAUUAAGUAAAGCUCUAAGGUUUGCAACUCGGACAGGAAGGAAAGUGAGCAGAGCCUUCAGCUUCAACAAGUCUCCAAGUAAAUUAAAAAGAGCCGUCUCCACUGUGAUGAGUCCCUUUAAUACACUACCACAUCAGUCAUCUAUGAGAGGAGCAACAAGUGUUAACAAUCUGGCUGAUUUGUCUCUCACAGGGACUCCUCCCAGUGAGGUCUUUGCUCAGCCCAGGGCCACUCCCACUUCCCGCAGACGCCCCCUCAAACACGUAUGAUGCAUCAGGGGAGGCUAAUGCGCACUGAAGACUGCACUGCUGCCUCUUAAACUGGGAUAAGGGAACAAUGGAGACCUGGAUAGAGGACUUGAAGUAUCUACCCAUUGGGUCUGUUCUGCAUAAGCUGUUGGAACUGAAGAAGCAAAACAUUAGGUCAACCCCAUGCAAUAUUGUUAAGAGACUUAAUGUAAUGCCAAAUGUACCACAAGUACAAUACCAGUGCUAUACCAAACAUUUUGAAUGAAUGGACAGUUUUGAAAGCUAUUUGAAUGGUAACUAGAUAAUGUAGCAAAGACUCACAGUUGAUAAUACCAGUAGUACUGUAUUCAUAAAUAUGUUUAUAUAUAAUAUAUUAGCAGUAUGAUAUGUAUAAUAUUAUUUUAUCUUUUUAGCAGAAAUGUGAGUAGUAAAUUAAGAAGUACAAUUAGUACAAACUUGUAAACGUGCACAAGAAAAUCAGUUCACAAAUUACAAACUCACCAGUUUAACACUGAAUCCUUUGGUAUAUAUAUUUGUGCCAUUAAAAAUUUUUGUCAGACAAUGUGUUCCAAAUUUUAUAUAUGUCUGUCAAAAGGUAUCAGGUUGAUAUCAUUGUUAAUGAUAUGAAUAAAUGAUAACCCUUUUUUAAGUACAGUAUUAACACCAGAAUUUAUGCAUUACCUGGAUAAAGUUGAUGCAGUUUUAUAUGGAUACAAAACACUUGGUAUACCAAUUGCGUUUAUGUAUCAUCCACAGGAAGGCUGCUGAAGCACAAAUUGUUUAAUAAGUCUCUGAAUAUUUGCACAGUUUAUACAAAGUUAAGUGAAUGAAAGGGAAAAACAUUCAAAUUAGGUCAUUUAAGGCUAAACAUACUUGUACAGAUGUACUGUGUACAUUUGAUGUGAUAACGUGUGAAUGAUAAAUACCUGUACUGCACUGUACUCGGACAUCAUUUACCAGUUUCGUUUGGUCCUUAUUGUGUAUUGAAGUUUAAUUACUGUAUGCCCUAAUUUGAGGCAACCCACUUUCUUUGUACACUUUAUUAAUUUUAUUGUGCAAGCAAAUGGUGCUGGCUUUAAUUGUAUGAUAGAAAAAUUUACUUCCACAGUUCUUCAGCAAAUGUUUGGGUGUCUUACACUGCAGACUUUGAUAUUAUUCUUAUUAUUUUAUUUUUAUUUUAUCAUUUUUUUAGGACUUACCUAUUUUACUCUGUACUGAAUUUUUUAUUUUAUAAUGUGCACCAGGCUCGAGCAACUCAGUUCAGUAUACGUAACUAGAAACUGUAGGUGGUUGAAAUCCAGGGCCCCAAUUUGUGUGAUUGUUAUAUAAAUAUUGAAUAAAUUUGAAAAUUAGACUAUUCUUCAUACCGGUGUGAAGCAUAAACACUUACACUCCACUCUGCUGCUGUUGGCAUUAGCCACAGAAGAAUGUUACAAGGAACACACCAGAUCCAGUCACCAUCACACAGUGAGGACCUACAUGCAGCUGAGUUAUUUUUAUUUCAAGCACUACCUCAUGAUGAUGAAUGCUAUGCCACAGUCCUAGUUGAUAGUCUUUUAGUUAAAUGUUUUUAGUAGUGAUGCACCUAACAUAUAUCAGCUUAUCCUUUAUAAGGUAGGGCAAUGCCAAUUGUGGGAUCUGGUUUGACAUGGAAUUCCAGAAAAGUUGUGAGUUGGGAAUUGUACUGUGUAUCCUGCCUUGGGUACAUCAAAUCUACACAUAGUUGUGUCUUUUAAGGUUAUCAGUACUUCAUUAUGUGCAGACAGGGUUCAAAUUUCCUGUACAAUAACAGCAACAAGUAUUGCAGGGAAACUUAACGUCAGAGCAAAUACUUUGUUUAGGAAGGUAUCAAUACCCUUUAAGUGGAGGCAAGAACCAGUUACUCUCGGAUUUUUUUUUUUUUUUUAACCACCAUCCCCUAGUAAUUGUUUCUCUUAUUCCACUGCAGGACUCGGUGAGGGUGGCUGCAUUUUCCAUAGCUUGAGUACUGAGGAUCCAAUUAAUCUCCUCUCUCACCCUUAUACAUCAAGAACUGAGGCAUUUCUAAGUCAUUACUAUUCUAGUGGCUCCUCGCUGGUCCAAUUUGAUUUGGUUUUACUUGGUUCAAUUUUGCCCAAAUUCUAGUUCUCCUGACUAGGACUUUGAGUCAGCAUGUGGAAAAGUCAAGGUCUUGAGUGCUUGUCCUCAGCUGUAUGACAUACAGGGCAGUCUUCUAGGGACCAUUUUCUUUGGAAGUGCAACAGUUAGCAUGCCAGCUUACCCUUAUACUGUUUGAUCUCAGGGCAUCCCAAGCAGUUUCCUUGACAGUCUGGUCAUCCCAUGUAGGUUAACUUCUUCACUAUUUUAUUUGGCUAAAGCCAGAUGAUAUUAUUCAGAAAAGAGGGGACCCCUUGCACAAGGGGUUAAUGGUUUUGAGACUUCAGGCCUCUCACACCAUACAUUCAAGAGCUGUUUAGACCUUAGGAACCAUGGCUCUUAGUAGAAUGUUCUGGAUAUCAGUUUUAGUAAGUCCAUCCUCCAGAGAGGGCCUAGGUAGCAUCUACUUAAGUUAACAGCUUAACUAGGUCGGCCUCUUGGAACUUUGUUCCUUUCUUACUCUGCAACUGGCCAUAGAUGGGUAUUGUAGGAUUGCUCCAUUUGGGAAUACAAACCAAGGAUACCAUUAGGAGCUUAUUGGUAUCUCAUGCCUUAUGUUUUUAUUUGGCUUUAUUAUUCAGAAUUGUUCAGUUCCAGCAUAUUAUAAAUUGUGAAUUACCAUUUUGCAACCAAAAUGGGGCCAAGCAAUUCACUCCCUCCCUUUUGGAUGCCAAAGUGAGCUGGAUCUGAUUUGUUCUUCCUUAUGAAGUUGUUUCAUAGCUUAUCUUAACUGAAGUGCAUCCUGUGUCUCUUUGGUCUUUUCCAUUUUUAGGGUAUGUACAGUAGCUAAAAAAAUUAUCUGUGCAUACUCGGUGUGAAACAAUAUGAGACCAUGGACGAUAGGUAUUGGGAUAUGUAUUUUGUCUCCUUAUACUAUGUGUUAGUAAUCACUUAAUCGAUUAUUUUAUUCCUGCUCACCCCCCCUGUGUUGCAUACUGAAUGGUGGUGGGUGAAGACACUCAUACGAACCCCCCCGAGAC